AUGGUGACUGCUGAGACUAGUCGAGAAAUUUCCUUCGCAAAUACAGAACGAGAAUUCUCAUUUGCAGAUAGAGAACCUACUCGAGAAUUUUCAUUUGCAAAUAGAAAACCCAAGUUUUGCUUAUUCAUUGCAGCAAUUAUAUUACUUCCAGGUUUAAUUUUCAUCCUCGUAUGGUUUACUUUACAUCCGUUUCAACCCCAUUAUUCACUCGAGAAAUUUUAUGUUCCUGCCCUAGACAAAGACUCCGAUGACAUCCGAAUCAUGAAUCCCACGACCAUAUCAUUUCAACUCAGAUUCUGGCACGGAAACAGACACAAGAGUAUUUACUAUGAUGACCUUAACAUAACUCUUUCUUACCAUCGGAAUAGCUCAAGUUUGCCAAUUGGAAAUGUUUCUAUACCCGAAUUUCAUCAAAGGUAUUUGCAAAUAAAACAUCGUGACGAGACAGUUCAAACUUUUGGGGUACCGUGGGAAGAUGCUAGAAUGGAGGUUUCAAAUGGGAAGACCGCAUUAUUCCGAGUCGAUUUGGAUACGAAGAUUAGGUAUAAGAAUGGGUUGUGGAAGGCAGGACGGCACGAGUUAAAAUUAGGAACUGAUGUUCAUGUCAAUGAUCAUGGAACGAUGAAGAACAGUUUGAGAUUAUCGGAUGCUACUGUGCACGUUAACUGCAUUCAUCUGAGUAUUGUUGCAUUAUCAGUUUUUAUUCUACCUAUGCUGCUUUAG